AUGGUUCCUCCCGCCAUCACGGAGGGCUACGGGUGUCGCCAAACGGCCGGACCUCAUUCGGAGGCCAAAAAUUACCGACGUCUUGGCGUAGGACUCGCGCUUCUUUCGCGCUCACGGAGGGCUGCGGGUGCCGCCAAACGGCCGGACCUCCGUCGGGGGUCGUCAACAAAGGUUGCUCGCACGCGCACCCCAGUAGAGGCUACGAUUCUUCCGCGCAUCUUCGCCCCGUUACCUAGCAGUCAGGUCGAGCGAAGAGCGUGGAAACAUUUGAACGGAUUGCGGCUAGCUGAUCCGCGGUAUCACCGACCCGGUCCCAUCGACAUCCUGAUCGGCGCAGAAGUCUUCGCGUCGCUACUUCGGGAUGGCCGUCGCGUGGGAAAGAAGGGCGAACCAGACGCCUUCAAUUCCGUCUUCGGCUGGGUUCUCGUCGGUUCGGUAUCGACGCAGGCGCCGGGAUCCACACAUUCGUUUAUGACUCUCGAUUCGUUGGACGCAUCUCUUAGUCGAUUUUGGCAACUAGACGAGAUUCCAUCGGUCCCCCCGUAUUCGCAGGAGGAUAAACGUUGCGAGGAAUUAUUUGCUCAAACCACGCGUCGGGACGCGUCCGGUCGUUUUGUCGUAUCGUAUCCCUUCAAGAGGGAUAAACCUUGUUUUGUCGGCACGCGUCAAGAUUAUUUGAAUAACGGUUAUAUGAAACUGAUUGAACGGCUGUUCCCGGUGGACGGACCUGUAUUCUAUUUGCCCCAUCAUGGGGUAGUCAAAUCGGAUAGCACUACCACAAAAUUGCGGGUCGUAUUUGACGCCUCGGCGAAGGAUUUGAACGGCGUUUCGUUGAACGACGUAUUGCGAUCCGGGCCAAAGUUACAGACGGAUAUAGUCGUGAUAUUGUUGAGGUUCCGG